UCUAUUUUAUUAUUUUGUAUACAAUUUAUUGCCGCUUAACUUGCACACUCAGGAAUCCAGCUUGCUUUUAUAGUUGCAAUUGCAAAGAGAAGUGACGACACAACACAAGUCUUCUCAUUCUCAUUCUCAUUCUCAGUAACAACCAUGGCUUCAAAGUUGUUACUCAUUACUGUCUUCGUUUUUGACUUGAUUGCUUUUGGACUCGCUGUCGCUGCUGAGCAGAGAAGAAGCACUGCUAGAAUAGUGCAGGACAGGGACCAGAAUUAUAAUUACUGUGUCUAUAACUCUGACAUAGCAACUGGCUAUGGUGUUGGAGCAUUUUUGUUCCUCUUGGUUAGUCAAGUCCUAAUAAUGGUGGCGAGUCGAUGCUUCUGUUGUGGGAAGCCUCUAAGCCCUGGAGGCUCAAGGGCAUGUGCAGUUGUCCUUUUCAUAAUCUGCUGGGUGUUUUUCCUCAUAGCUGAGGUGUGUUUGUUGGCUGGAUCAGUGGAAAAUGCCUAUCACACCAAGUACAGGACCCUCUUUAUGGAAAAUCCCCCUUCUUGUGAAACAGUUAGGAAGGGAGUCUUUGCUGCUGGUGCUGCUUUUGUGUUCUUCACUGCCAUAGUUUCUGAAUUCUACUACAUCAACUACUCAAGUGCCAGGGAAAGCUUCCAACCUUACAGCGGCGGUGAGACCGGCGUAGGUAUGGGAACCUACAAAUGAGCUUGUUAGUUAAGAAUUCUACAGCCAACAUUUAGGUGUGACUAUAUUGGAGUCUGGAUUCUGCAGCACAUUUUAUGAAUUUUGUUGCACUUAUUGUAUUUACAGUUUAGCUGCUUUACUAGAAUAUAUAUAUAUAUAUGUUGUAUCUUAGUAAUUUUUUUGUUGUUACCUAUUGUCGUAUGUUAUGGGUGACCCAUUCAUUGCCUCUUUUACAGUUUUUGGAGUUCUUUGUUAUGUAUACAUAUCAACAAGAGAAAUAAUUUCUUGCAUUCACUGAGCA